AUGGAAAAUUGGAUUGCUGAUGAUGAUGAUAAUAGAGAUGAAAAGAUUUGUGAUGGUAUAAGUAAUGAUGAUGGAAUAGGGGAAGGUUGGCUACAAGGUGAAGCGAAUGACGGUGUCAAGUCUAGUGCAGAGGAGGAAGACAGUUUCAGCGCAGAAAAGUUUGUUGCCGAAGAUGAAGAGGAAAAUGCAGAAGAGGAUGACACCAACUUGAGCACAGAGGAGGAAGCAAAGUACAGUGCUGAUGAAGGCAAAUCCAGUGGAGAGGAAGAUGCUAAGGAUAGUGCAGAAGAGGAUGAAACAAAGUAUAGUACAGAUGAAUGUAAACUAAGCACAGAGGAAGAAGGAAAAUAUAGUGCAGAUUAUUUAGACGAUGAGUGGCUUGGAAGUAGGGGUCAUGUGGAUGGUCAUAUUGAAUUGAGAAACAAAAGAUGGAUGAGAAAUAAUAAAUAUGAAUUAGGCAAAAAUGUAAAAAACUGGCAUAGUAGUAGUGAGGACAUGGAGCACACGUCAACAGAGAGCGAGGCAGAAAUAAGUGAGAAAGAUCAAGAGCAAGUAAAUGAUAAGGUGAAAGUUGAUUUUCCAUCCGCUUCUUCUGGCAACUUGAACUUGAACGAUACACAUUAG